GUCGCGCCUUACACGCACGCCCCUCCAACAUGGAGAAUCCUUUCUUGUCAUGGCCUUGCAUAACUAAAAGCAGGGCUGGGACCUCAGCUUUACAUUUAUUUUCUGCGGCUGAAACGCUCCAUGCGCAGAUUGCCCGCCUUAGCCCGGAUUCGCAACGAGGAAACGAGAAACGAGUUCUGUCGCCAUCAAGCCACAGCCGGCGAUUUCUCCAGGGCCUGGUUGGCUUGAACAAUGCUUGGAUCUGGAGCCCACGCGUUCCGUUCCGUUUCGCCCCCUACUAAGCCAACGACGCCGGUGUUGUGAGUGCCGCUAUCGACGCCGACAGCGCCUCGCCGGCAUUGGACAGCCACUACCGUCAAGAUGCUUUCACAUACUAAAUUCUGCAGGAUCCCCGCUUCGGGCUCUGUACGGUGUAAUUAGCUCUGUUUUUUGUUCAUUUUAUCCUACGCCUCUACGCUAGCCGUGAACGAGGGGAUCAAGACACCAGCAAAGCAACGUUGCUUUUUUAUUGUUUGGAAUAAAAACUUGAAAAAAAACGAGAAAGAAACGGAAAAGGGACCAGCGCAAAUCAAACCCAAAACUUCAACAACUUUUGGUUUUGCGAACAAUGAUUUCUCUUCUCAGCAGAGUGUACAAGGCGUUCGACCCGCCCUCGGCCGAAAAGCACGACAAGCCCAUCCGCUUCGGCAUUUUGGGCGCUGCUACUAUUGCGCCCAUGACGAUCAUCACGCCCGCCGUCUCGCACGCCGAAGUCGUAGUCCAGGCAAUUUCAGCCAGAGAUCGUGCUCGCGCAGAGGCAUUCGCCAAGAAACAUGGAAUCUCAGAUGUAAGGGACACGUAUGAAGAAAUCCUCCAAGAUGCAAACAUUGAUGCAGUCUUGAUUCCCUUGCCCAAUGGCCUGCAUUACGAAUGGGCCGUUCGCGCCAUCCGAGCCGGCAAGCAUGUCCUGUUAGAGAAGCCGUCUGUCAACAAUGAGGAAGAGGCUGCAAAACUGUUCAACAUGCCGGAGCUCUCACAACCCAAUGCGCCUGUUUUACUGGAAGCCUGCCACAGCCGCUUUCAUCCUGCUGUGCACAAAUUCCUAUCGUUUAUUACCCCCGGCGACGUUGUGCAUGUCUACACCGAUGUCAUGGUCCCAUGGCUUUUUAUCAACAAGGACAGAAUCGAGUUCAAUUACAAGCUUGGCGGUGGCAGCAUCAUGGCUCUCGGCACGUACAACUUUGCCAUGCUGCGCAUGAUUUUUGACGACGAGCCUGAAGAGUGUCUCUCUUGCGAUCCCACCGUUUGGGCGGAUGGCGUCCACGAUAAGUGCGACUAUCACUUCAAGUCCACGUUCCGGUUCCCCAAUGGCGGAAUCGCUGAGGCUACGGCGACCCUCCAAGGACCUAUCUUGUGGAAGCCAUCUGAGGCUCGAGUCACGCACAAGGACGUCGUGGUUCCUGAUGCAUCCCUGCCGGAUACGCAAGAAAAGGUCAAGACGCGCAAGGUGACUCUUCACGGCUACAUGCACGCCGUUUUGUGGCAUCGCAUCGAUGUCGAGGACUUGUUUGUUAUCCGCAACAAGGCUGACGGUCAGCCGAUUAAGAAGUGGACAGAAAAGGCAAGCCACAAGGCCUACAGCUUCCAGGAGGACGCCGGCAACAAGCUGGCGGACAUUCCAGGUGAGGACUGGUGGAUGUCGUACCGCUACCAGCUGGAGGAGUUUGUGAAUCGUAUCAAGGGGCGGCCGACAAACUACUGGAUCGAUGGGCAAGACUCGGUCAAACAAAUGAGAAUGGUGGAUAUGGCCUAUGCAAAGAGCGGUUUGGGUUUGAGACCCACGAGCGAAUUUUCCUGAUUUUUGGUCUACAAGCAAUAGAAAGCUGUUGUUGUUAGGUACGUAGCCAUGUCGGCUAUCAGCUGCGUGUCAUUUUGUUUUGAGUUUUUCAAGAACGUGUUUGAUAUCUUGUCAACUUUAUUUCUUCAUUAUCUUAAGAGUAACAAAAGAGCUAUUAGAAAAGGCAGACAUCAAUGAUAGGGUCAAUAUCUGUCAAGUCCAUUUACUAAAGUUAUACGAAUUCUUAGUCUACUAUCAACAUCAUCGUCUUCUACUUCAUCUUUACUGUCUAUAAGCAUAGCUCCUCUAUCCAUCUGGUGAACCUUGAGCCCCGAUCAAGAGUGUAUUAUAUCGCAGCAAUUUAGGGACCCGCGGGACCAAG